AGUGUCCGUGGGGGUGGUUGGUCGGUGGCAGAUAGAGGAAAUAAUCCGAAGUGAUCCCUGGGCGAUAAUUAUAAUCAAGAGCAAUAGAGUGAAAAAAAUUGCCGUCCAUAUACAAAGCGAUUGAAAUAGAUAAAACGAAUCUCUGAUUCAUCGAUUGUAAAAUCCUCCACGAAACUGGAGAGACAAUCGAACAAAACCCCCUCGGAGGAGCGGGUAAUCCGUGCAUCGCAACUAGAGAGGAACAGGAACCGGUAAACCAAAGCACUAAAGCUGAAGCAGACACGCGCAACUCAACACCGAGAUACCAGCGACGGUGAUAAUAGACUGGAAUAAUCGUGGCUCGUCGCCGUUGCGUAGUCGUCUAAAAUCCAUGUAAAAUCACGACCGGCGACCCGAGGUGACGAUAUAUGAACGAACGUGUGAGUGAGUGAGUGAGUGAGUGCGAGUGAGCCUUGGACUCUUGGUGGGAAAGGGAAAGAGAAGCGGCAGCAGCGGUCUAAGGAGCCGCGCAAAAACGCACGCGGUUUUAGGUAGUAGUUAGUUGAUAAAAAUGGCGAAGGUAUUUCGCGCGGUGACAGUAUCGACUUUGUCAAACAAUGGACAGUCGACGCUGAAAUACGACAAGCCGGUCACUCUUAACAUCAAUUACGACCCCCAGGGACUGAGCGUCGAAUUGAUACCAGAUGAACAAGGGAGCAGAGAGAGAAUCACGCUGCUAGAAUUCCCAGUAACACAUAGCACAGAAUGUUCGAGAGUAGCUUCGCUAGGAUACGUUUUUACGUUGGAUACGGAGAGUCUUUUGCUCACAUUUGCAAACGAGACAGAUAUUCGCAACUUUCACUCGAACAUAUUAAAGUUGAAAAAUGGAAAAGGGGUUUCGGCAUUCAACGAGAGAACAGAAGAGUCGUCGGCGAUGCAGUAUUUCCAAUUUUACGGCUACCUUUCGCAGCAGCAAAACAUGAUGCAGGAUUACAUAAGGACGAGCACGUACCAGCGGGCGAUUCUUGGCAAUAUAUCAGACUUCAAGGACAAAGUCGUUCUGGACGUUGGCGCCGGUUCCGGGAUCCUUUCUUUCUUUGCCGUUCAAGCUGGAGCAAAAAAAGUUUACGCAGUAGAAGCCAGCAACAUGGCAAAUCACGCCGAACUUCUCGUUGCCGCGAAUAAUCUGUCUGAUAGAAUAAUUGUAAUUGCUGGUAAAAUUGAAGAAAUCGAUUUACCUGAACACGUUGACUGCGUAGUCAGCGAACCAAUGGGAUACAUGCUGUACAACGAAAGAAUGCUCGAGACUUAUCUUCACGCAAAGAAGUGGCUCGCCCCAGGUGGUCGUAUGUUUCCCUCUCGAGGGGAUCUCCACGUCGCUCCAUUCUCCGACGAAAAUCUGUACAUGGAGCAGUUCAACAAGGCGAAUUUUUGGUACCAGACAUGCUUUCACGGCGUCGAUUUAUCUGCGAUGAGAAACAACGCCAUCAAAGAGUACUUCAGACAGCCGAUAGUCGAUACGUUUGAUAUACGCAUAUGUAUGGCAAAAUCCGUCAGACACGUUGUAGAUUUUCAGACAGCACAUGAGACUGAUUUACAUAAAAUAGAAAUAGACGUUGAUUUUCACAUACUAGAAAGCGGCACUUGUCACGGACUGGCGUUUUGGUUUGACGUAGCAUUUAUUGGUUGUACCCAACAAGUCUGGCUAAGCACAGCUCCUACGGAGCCGCUGACUCACUGGUAUCAGGUUCGAUGCCUUUUAGAAAAUCCACUAUUUUGCAAGAGCGGUCAACUUUUAUCCGGCAAAGUUAUACUGAUCGCAAACAAAAGACAAUCUUACGACGUUACGAUAGAACUGAAAUUGGAAGGAACCAACAUGGAAACUAGCAGCAAUACUUUAGACUUGAAGAACCCGUACUUUAGGUAUACGGGAGCAGCUGCUCAGCCACCACCAGGCUUGAACAACACUUCGCCGAGCGAGGCUUACUGGACAAAUCUUGACGCUCAAGGAGCUCGACAAGCCGUUAACAUGGUCAACGGAAUGUCUGUUAACGGUCUUGGCGAGGUAUCGAUGGACACAAACUCGGCAGUGAAUCAGAAUAACUUAUUAGCGAUAGGGGGUCAGCCUAACAUACAUCCCGGAUCGAUAUCGAGUACAGGUCGAGGAAGAGUAGGUGGAACGGCAACCAGCACGCAGGCAGCACAGCUUAUAGGUGGUGGAAUUACACCAAACAUGUUUACGUCGCCGGCCACACUUGGUGUUACUUUCCAGCAAUCGCUGGUCCUCGGCAACACGUCUCACUACCCAGUCAACCCAAGUCUGAUGAUUGGGGAUUACGUUACGCCUGGUAACGGAAUGUCGCCACAACCUUACCGGCAAUGAUCUAUAGCGAAGCCUCCACGAUCCAUCCUUUGCCGUAAAGUUAAACAUCUGUAUAGCUAUAAUAACAGCCAUAGAAACGGAUGCGGAAGUGGUAACGGAAACGGGACGAAGAACGGAUCCACCGUCAUUUCCCAGAAGCAGAAUCGCCGGCUCGUCUUCAGCUCGCCUACAAGCAAGCCUCGUUUAUCUUCCGCUCUAAGGAUCGUGAGGGCUUUCAAUUUGUCCGCUCAAAAUUCGGACAUCGCGUGCCUCGACGGAGGAAAUCACGGGAUGCCCGUCGACAAGGAUUUCGAUUUCGGGAUAGGACUGAGCCUGGGAUUAGCCAGGAACAGAUCGCUGAUCGAAGCCCGCUGGAGAAGAUUACGAGCCAUACUUUCGUAGCUAAGGUUUUUACGUUUUAAUAUAGCCUGUCGUCAUCACGAUAGCGCCAGUAAGAUUAUCGCCACCGUUAUUGAUACGGACGGACGACUUGAUAUUCAUAACUACCUACAUAACAAUUAUUAUCGUGUCCAACGAAAUAGAUGAAACGUAUAUUCGGGAGGAAUGAUAACCUCCGACCUUCCUCUCGUUGCGAUUAAAGAGAGAGAGAG